AUGGCGAUGGGCGUGUACCUCAGCUAUGUUCGCUACGUUGUUCACAAAUCCUAUAGAAGUAGUGAAAACGAGGUUUGCAACUACAGGGUGAGCUCGUGUCUAGAGGAAAACAACCCUGUAGUCUACAAGAAAAAAAAAACGUGCCCCACGGCUUGUUUCACUAUAGCGAAGAACGAGGGGAAUCGUUGCUUUACAAGAACGGGACUACCAGCGAUGCUUGGCUUUCAGUUCUUUUUGAAUACAUUUAGGUCUUUUUCCGUGGUGUGGGGGCCUCAGAUACCCCGGGGGGCGCGGUCGGUAGCGGCUCACAGAUGGGUGAGCUUCUCGUUCGCUAAGGAGUGGCUCCGUGACAAAGGGUUCUUCCAGUCCCCCCUCGUGCUGUCCUUUAUGGGGGCCAAUUUUAGGCGGGCAUCGUAA